UCUGUCAGUACCUAUUUAUAAGAGCAGCAAGAUUACUUGUCGGCUUUCUCAAAAUCUUUGGAUUACUAGGAAAUACUCAUCAUGAAAAUUUUAAUUUCUCUUUGUGUCUUUGUGGCUUUAGUUGCUGCCGAUCAGUUCGUACUGGAUCUCUCUCAGGAUUCCGCUAUCAUGAAGCAAGGCGACAUUUGUUAUUUUUGGCGGCUUAAUAACCAUGAAAUUGAAUCCGUACAAAACCCUACUGGACUUAAUGAAAUUGAGACUAAAUUUCAUCACCUGGUCAGUGUUCAUUCCAAAUUCGGCGUCGUAGCUGACAUUACCAUAUAUUCACAAGCCGUUCAAACUCUCUGCAAUGGUGCUACCUUGAAAUCUUAUUCUCAUCACAAAUAAAAAAAAAAAUAACC